AGCUGUCAUUAUCUAUAUUUGUUUUUUAUUCGAAGCGUCUGGCCGUUGUAUUCCCAAUCGCGCAGCACCAAAAAAAUUCCCCGCCAUCUAUGAGCAAAUUCUCGCACUCGAAGCCAGAGGGGGACAGUGCUAAACGUCAUAAUGCAAUAUGUGCAUUUGGCAACAUCCAUAACCUUAGUAAUUUCGUAUGUGCGAUGACGGGUUGAUCAAUUUUUUUUCUUCUGCUCGAAAUUGAGUUUUAAAUGUCUUCUAAUAAACUAAGUAUGCACGACAGACGCGACCUUGAGAAAUUCACAAAAUUUCUCGCGCUAAAAUGCGCUCAAAUAAUUGUCCAGUCUCGUCUUGGGCAAAAAGUGGACGUGAAGUGCAAACCGUUGGGAACAGAUUGGUUCAAUCUGGCAAUACAAGACAUUCCUGAAGUUUACAUGGAGGCAAAGAAAGCACUAUGCGAGGACAUCGUUUCGUCAUCUCUUCCAUUGUGCGUGGAAAUAUCUCUCAAAACGGCCGAGGGUGACAGAAUGGUACUGGAAAUGUGGAAUCUUGGCGUUUUUCCAGAUCGUUGUGAUCACAAUGUCAGGGUCACUCAUACAAUUUACAAUAGAAUGAGUAUGCUGUUGAAGUCACUCUUGAGUAUUUCAAGAACUACUCCUGCCUACAAGUUGAGUCGAAGACAAGGAGCAGACUCCUACAUAAUAUGUUAUCGGAUAUUCAUGGGCGAACCUCAAGUUCUCAAUCUAGGUGAUAAUUAUAAGCAUCUUACGGUUGGACAGGUGCCUACACCAGUGGGUAUGAUACAGUUGUCAGUGUCGUAUAGAACUAAAAUGACUAUAUCUCCAACGCAAACUGGUAGAGAUUCGAUUAUGUUGAAAAGUGAUCACUUUCACACAGAUUUAAGUCCUAAACAUGCACGAUAUCAAAAAACACAUGAUAAUUCUAAAAUGUCAAGAGAUACUACUAUAAUUAAACAAGGAGCUUUUGCUGAUAGCACUCACAUAAUGAAGAUCAGUGAUGAUGCAGAUCUUGAUAUACCUUUUAGUUCAUUAUUAAUACAUCCUCAAACACCAUCACCUAGUCCUAGCACAAUUGUUCCAACAGUUAAUUCAAAUACAUCUGGUUACGUUGCUGAUUCUGGAAAUGGAAACAGUCCACUUUCAAAUGAAAAUACAACUAUAAAAUGUUAUUCGUCUAAUAACUCUAGGAGGAACUCUAGGAACAGUAUUACAAUGACAAGUGCCUGCGAUGGAUUUAUUGUUGUGCAUCAUGAGUGCCCCAAAACAAUUGAGAUGCCCUUCAAUACUCAGAAUAGCGUUGAAACUGAUUUAGCAACUUUUUAUAAAGAUUGUCAAUGUGCACCACAAUUGCAAGCAUUUAGUGAAGAGCAGACAGUGGCAGAACAAGUAGGCGAUUUGACGAAACAACUUGAGGCCUUUGAAACAAAUAUGCAGCAGUAUGCAGAUUUAUUGAAAUCACUCAAUAAAUCAGAAAAUAAUAAUUAAAUAUUAUAAUCAUAGUUGGCAACUGAAGGCAAUCAUGGGUUUAUGAACCUAAUUCAUGUGAUAUCAGUGUACAUUAGGAUUGACGCUAUAUUAUCAGAAAUGGGUCAUUCAUUUAAUCAUGAAAUUAAUUAUAACUUUAAUAUACAAAUUGGUCGCAUCCAAAGAUAAUCAUAUCAUCAUUUGGUUGAUACAAUUCCGUUGAAAACAAAAUUGCUGAGGAAUCCUGAAAACAGUCAACAGAGAAAAACUGUUGAAAACUCAGUUACAAAGGUAGAUUGACGACAGAGAGUAAGACUUGAUACACGAGGAAAAGAAAAUGCUUGAUGUAUUGAAAUUGAUCAUAAGUAAACAUUGAAACUCAUUGUAUUAUAUACCAUGACACAUAAAAUGAAUUCUUUGUAUAAUGCUAUCGUU